CGGUGUAAUUUCGCAAAGAUAUCGGUUCUCACCAGACGACACUCUUCCCUGUUUCUAAUAUCCAAGUAUCAUGCAAAACGAUUUCGACGCUAAUAUGGCCGGUGACGAAAACGCUUAUGGUGCCCCGGACGUUGACAUCGAUGAUACUGGCGACGAUGGCAGAAAUGUAGUCGAUGAGCUCGAAGAACGACUGGAAUCACAGAGCCCCGACGAAGGGGGGUCGUCGAUAGCACAUAUUUUACGUUCUCUGUUUGACGUUCAAGACAAUGCUGAUAACGAAGACUUAGUUCGUCUUCUCGGUGGUCCAUCGUCCAAUUACGGGCGCUCCUCCGUGAUGCAGGAGGAAGACGAAGGAGACGGAGACGGAGAAGAGUACUAUGGACGUGGUGCUAGCUGGAAUACUCAAUGGUUUCCGAAAGUAACAAAACCUCAAAAACCGGGAGUUGAGCUACUACUGAGCGGAGAGUUUGGCCGCAUUAGUGCAAAGACAAGUAACGUUAAAUCCGAAAGAAAUCUGACUAGGCUAUUACUGAAUCGUGUGGUACAACCUCGGAAGACCACACUUAGAGAAGAGUUCACCAGUGAUCUUAUCCCCAAUUCUAACGGAACUGCCGUGGCCUCAUACGGGGCUAACAUCUAUUGUGGGCAGUUUUCGAAAGACUCUACUUUCUAUUACACCUGCUGUCAAGAUUUCCGUCUUCAUAUCUACGAUAUGACUGGACCUCCGACUUCUUAUGUCAGGCCUAUCUAUGCUCCCUCUCGCCGAGGGGGCUAUAUGGAUCAUAUUGCUUACGACCAUGAGACGACUUUAAAGGUAUUAAAAACUAUACAAGGCGGCUCUGGUCGCUGGACGAUAACGGACUCUCAUUUAAGUCCCGAUAAUGAAAGGAUUAUUUACUCGUCAAUCUCGCCAACGGUUUAUAUGACCAGCACUCUUGACACUUCGCCUGAACAAAUACCGAUUCGUUUUUCCGACCCACCUCGACGUUCGGCUCGACUCGCUUGGGGUUUUGAUGAUGAUUCAUUUGGGAUAUGGAGCUGCAGAUUUUCUGCGGAUGGAAGGGAAGUGGUAGCUGGAGGCAGUGGUCAAAUCUUCGUUUAUGAUCUUUUGGCUGACCGAAGGACCGUCAGAAUUAGGGCACAUGAUGAUGAUGUGAACAGCUGCUGCUGGGCUGAUGCAACUUCCGGAAAUGUACUUAUCAGUGCCUCUGAUGAUGCUCUCCUUAAAGUUUGGGACCGGCGUUCUCUGGGUGCAUCGCGAAAACCUUCAGGUGUACUAGUUGGUCAUACAGAGGGUAUUACCAAUGUCUCAGCUAAAGGUGAUGGGCGGUAUGUUAUCUCGAACGGCAAAGACCAAGCACUUCGCCUUUGGGAUCUACGGAAAAUGUGUACUAGCGAGGACCUUGACAAUGGUGCUAAUAAAGUCUACAGAGCACGAGGAUAUGAUUAUAGAUACGGGCAUUAUCCAAAACCUAAAGUAUCUGCUCACCCCAAGGAUUGCAGUGUCAUGACAUAUAGAGGUCACGCUGUUCUUCGAACACUCAUACGUUGUCACUUCAGUCCAGCUGAGACAACAGGGAGCCAAUACCUGUAUUCUGGGUCCGCUGAUGGAAAAAUACACAUAUGGUCUCUUGACGGCCGUGUUGUCCAAGUUCUGGACAGAUCACAGACGCUACCGAUGACGUAUGAUCCUUCUGCACCUGAGAUGGAACCAUUAAAGGGAUCACGGAGCACGGUCUGCGUCCGUGAUGUUAGCUGGCACUCACAGGAACCCGUUAUGAUGAGUGCUGGAUGGGAAGGUGAUCGUGUAGGGGGGAGUAUUGUUGCUAGACACGAAUGGAAAGGGUUGUUGAAAACGUCACUGGAGGAUUGGGUAGAGAAGGACCAUCAAGAGAGAAGGGAUUCGGUAACUAGGCGGCGAGGCGAUCGAAUUCCUGGAGCCUUUGAAAGCGAUGAAAGCUUUAUAUACUGAUUUGGAGCUAAGCUGGUAGAGUAAGAGUCAAGUCCGAUACGAGCUAAGGAGUGUACAAACUGGUGACAAUGAAGUGAGAUAUAAA